UUCAUGUUUGUCCUGCAGUAUUUUUAUUUCUCUUGCCAUACAUCCUCUACAGCCGUUAUGAAUCAGAUCGAGUGAUUAGAUAAUUGGCAGCACCUGGCAGAUUCUCUGUCCUCACCACCGCGGACACACAACGGCCUCAGCGCUUUUUAACAUUGUGGCCUGGCUACAUCACAGGAAAAACAAAUAUUUCGUUUUAACAUGCUCCAAGCAAAAGUCCCACCUUUGCUUUUAUUUGUCACUACAUUAUUGAUGGCGAGCUGUCGUAGAGCUGAACACGCCGCUGAGCAUGGUGGCAGAUAUGGUGAAAAUGCUGCAGUUGGAAAAGUGGAAACAUUUGAUUUCACCUUUAACUCAACUAAUAUGACUCAUUUUGCCUAUGGAAUUGCUGCAAAUGUAGUUGCUGUGUUGCUGUAUGGAAGCAACUUUGUUCCUGUCAAAAGGAUAGAGACAGGAGAUGGGAUGUUUUUUCAGUGGGUAAACUGUGCAGCCAUAUGGGUCGUAUCAAUGAUUGGAGACUUGAUGCUUCAGUCACCCAAAUUCCACCCUUUUGCAAUGCUCGGAGGUGUGAUCUGGGCCACAGGAAACAUAACAGUUGUUCCAAUUAUUAAAGCGAUUGGCCUCGGUCUUGGGAUUUUAAUCUGGGGAUCGUCUAGUUUGUUGAUGGGCUGGGCCAGUUCAAGAUUUGGCUGGUUUGGGAUUGCUGCUCAGGAGGUUUCCAGGCCAAUAUUAAAUUACUGUGGAGCUGGGUUGUGUCUGCUGAGUGGGCUAAUCUUUUUCUUUGUGAAAGCGGACGUGGAGCUGCAUCCCAAUUCUGAAUCGAUUCCAUUACUUAUCGACAGGAGAACAAAUUCAGGCAGUUAUGGACCGAGUUCCUCUGAGUUCUGGAUAGACGUCAUCGGGCCAAAGACCAGACGGUUCAUAGGCUGCCUGCUCGCUGUUGUGUCGGGCCUGCUGUAUGGUUCCUCCUUCGCACCAAUCCUCUACAUUAAGAGCCAUUCAUCGUGCCAUGACAGCAUGUUUCAUGGAGCCAGUGUCUAUGACCUUGACUAUGUUUACGCGCAGUGCUCUGGCAUUUUUGUCGCAAGCACAUUGUACUUUGCCAUCUACUGUGCUGCUAUGAAUAACAGGCCCAGGGUUUACUCCAGAGCCAUCCUACCAGGUCUAUUGUCUGGACUGAUGUGGUCAUUAGCCACAUACUGCUGGUUCCUGGCCAAUAACUACCUAAGUGCAGUCAUUACCUUUCCUAUUGUCACUGCAGGAUACGGUCUGGUUGCAGCACUGUGGGGAUCUUUGGUGUUCAGAGAGAUUAAGGGGUUAGUCAACUGCUUUAUCUUCUUCUUGGCCUCCUGUGUCGUCCUGACCGGCUCCUUGCUGACUGCCAUCUCAAAGCUCUAAUAAUUGCAAAUAAGCUAAUAAUGCUGUUGAUUGAAAACAUCUAGUGAUUGUCAUUUUCCUCCAUCUCCCCAACUGACUUAGAAAAUAAUGUCUGUGGUUUUAGAAAACCCUUUGAAUCCCACCAGAUUGAACCCAAAUGCAUGACAGUUGAGCUCAACUUAAGGCUCUCUGCAAGAUGUCGUUUUGAACCAACAGGGUUUACACUGUCAGCCUACAUUUGGUGGCAGUGUCUCACAGGAACCUCUCAUUGUGCUUUCUGGUUGGGGGAGAGGAUGUUUGCUGUUGUAUUUGUUGUUGAAAGAUGUAUUUGGUAUAUAUAUGGUUAAUAUGGUUUUGUCACCUGUGCUUUUUUCGGAUGUUGGUAACACAAUACCCACACACCAUGUUUAACACGUUGCUCACAAGCUAACAGUUGUUUCAGAGAGGCUUUCAUACAGAGAUACAGCACAUUUCUAUUUAUACCAUACAGAUGUGGUGGUUGUGUGUGUGUGUGUCAACAUGUGACAUUUAUUUGUAUUUUUGCAAGAUUCAGCUAUUAAAAAUAAUUGAUAAUGUUGUCCCCAGCUGUCACAAUUCUGCUUUUUGGGCAGGGUGAUUAUUAUGAAUAUUUGUCACACAUCCUGCUAUCAAAACAUCAGACAUACUGAGGCAUAACUACAUACUUGUGUAUCUACAAACAAAAUUUUAUUAUUGUAUGUGCUUUAUAUAGAAAUGCAGUUUUUAUAUUUGUCUUUUAGUUGAAGGCAUCAUGACCUCUCCCCAUAGAAUGUGUGUGGUGUUAUAACAUAGAUGAAAGUACAACGUUGACAGGAGUGUGAUUUCUCUCUCUCUCUGUGUGUGUGUGUGUGCGUGUGUAUGUGUGUGUUAAGUAAACACAAUUGCUCAAAAGUGUGAUUUAUUAUCACAAGUAAAAUGGGAAAAGGCACACACUCUUAGUUGUUAUGCUUAUUCCUUAUUAUCACAUGCUUCACACCAAUGGGGUGCUGUUGCUUGGUUUGCAUGAAUGGUUUUGCUAACAGUAAGACUGGCCUAAGAUUGAACUCUGAAAACCAGAAGACUGUUGACAGACAAAAGGAGACAUGAAUUAUUAAGCGGUAGCAUAGAUAAAAUAUAUAGAAACUUGCUGCUUUUUACUAUGUUGCUUGUAUAACCUGAAAACCAGACACUUUAAAAUAUGGAAAUUUAAGAUUUUGGUAUUUUGUGAAAGAAUUAAUAUUAAUAAAAUGAACAAUU